UAGAGUCGUUGUUUAAUUUGCUUAUUACAAGUAAAAUUGUCCAGAUUAUAUAUAGCUUGGCUUGAAUAAUUUCCAUGGUUUCCUCACAGUCCUCAGUUCAGACACUGGUUGAGAAGUUCAAGCUGGAGAUGUUCUCUUCUUCAACCUUUGACGUUUACUCUUUUGUUUCCCCUUCCGCCUAUGAGACUGCCUGGUUAGCCAUGGUUCCAGAUCAGAGCCAUGGCGAUCAACCCAUGUUCAAUUGCUGCUUGGACUGGGUUCUCAACAACCAGAAGGAAGAAGAGUUCUGGGGAGAAUCCCGGCCCGAUGGCCGCCCCACCAUCGAUGCCCUUCUUGCAACUCUUGCUUGCGUUCUUGCACUCAAAAUGUGGAAUGUUGGAGACACCCUCAUUCAGAAAGGUUUGGCAUUUGUUGAAAAAAACACCGGGGAGCUUCUCAAAGAGAAAUCUGGCAAUCUUCCUCGCUGGUUCACCAUUGCUUUCUGUGGAAUGAUUGAACUUGCAGAAGCAAGAGGAUUGGAUGUUCUUCCCAGUGAAGAGCUGAAAGCACUAAUGGCGGAUGUUUUCUUCAAGAGGCAGCAGAUUCUUGAAACGGAAGGUCUCGUGGAUCAGUGCCCCUAUCCGCCAUUGUUGUCGUACCUGGAGGUGUUGCCAUCGACAUGUGAUGUCGAUGGAGAGCUUAUAUUGAAGAACUUGAGCAAAGAUGGCUCUUUGUUUCAGUCUCCUUCUGCAACAGCUCGUGCAUUUAUGGCUACCAAAGAGAGCAAGUGCGAGAAAUACCUGCAAUCUCUUAUUAGAAGAUGCUCUCAUGGAGUUCCACCAAUGUAUCCCAUGGAUGGAGAAUUCGUAAAGCUUUGCUUGGUAAAUCAAAUCCUGUUGCUAGGGUUGGCCGAGUACUUCACCGAAGAGAUUGGAGAAAUCUUAUCAGAGGUUUACAGGACGUACAAGAAGCAAGAAUCGCGGGCCACAUUAAUUGAUAAUCUAACACCAGCCAAGAUGUACAAAAACUCUCUGGCUUUUCGACUCUUGAGGAUGCAUGGCUAUGAUGUGUCUCCAUGGAGCUUCUGUUGGUUUCUGAGGCAUGAAGACAUCAUGGCACAGAUGGAAAACAAUAGCGGUCAGUUUAGGAGUGCAAUGUUGACUGUGCAUAGAGCCACCGAUCUCAUGUUUCAGGGAGAAUAUGAACUCAAGGAGGCCAGAUCAUUUGCCCGGAAAAUGCUAGAGAAAAACACGGUGCAGCUCAGCUGCUGCGAAGAAGAUGAUCUUGUCAUUGUCCCCAAUUUGCAGACUCUGAUUGAGCAUGAGUUAGAUAUUCCAUGGAUAGCUCGAAUGGAUUAUCUUGAUCAUAGGUUUUGGAUUGAAGCAACUCAAGUUGAUUCUCUUUGGCUUGGGAAGGCCUCACUCUACAGGUUAUCAUGUCUUCAAGCUGAGAAGCUAAUGGUGCUGGCCGUGGAAAAUUUCAAGUUUCGGCAACUCAUCUACCAAAGCGAAUUGCAACAAUUGGAAAAGUGGGCCAAAGAUUGGGGGCUUCGAGAUAUGGGAUUCGGGAGAGAGAAAACCACAUAUUGUUACUAUGCUGCGGCCACCUCAUCAUCGUCCACCCUACCACCCGACUCGCUCGCCCGCCUAAUAGUGGCCAAGACUGCCAUUCUCGUCACAGUCGCCGACGACUUCUUUGACAUGGAAGGUUCCCUCAAUGAGUUACGUGCCCUCACUGAGGCAGUUGAGAGAUGGGACGGGCAACAUUUAAGUGGGCAUUGUAGGACCAUCUUCGAUGCCCUUGAUGGUUUUGUGACCGACAUGGCCAACAAACACCUUCAUCAACAUUCAAGUGACAUUUUAGAAAAUCUUCGGAAUAUGUGGAGAGAAACAUUUCGAUCAUGGAUGAUGGAAUCAAGCUGGAUGAAGAGUGGAUAUGUGCCAUCAAUGGAAGAGUACAUAGAGACAGGGAUGACAUCCAUAGCAGUGCACAUGCUGGUUCUUCCACCUUACUAUUUCAUCAACCCUAAAUUGCCUAAGCAUAAGCUCAUACUUUCCCACUAUGAAACCAUCACCAAGUUGCUCAUGGCUGCUGCAAGGUUGCUCAACGAUAUUCAGAGCUACCAGAAGGAGCAAAUAGAUGGGAAGACAAACUUAGUGUUGCUCACCUCAAAAGCACAUCCAGAGGCAGGGAUUGAAGAUUCAAUUGCCCAUGUCCAAGAGAUUCUUGAUGAGAAAACAAGAGAGUUAGUAGAGCAUGCUUUCAUGGAUCACUCCAGUGACUUGCCUAAACCAGUCAAACUUUUGCACUUGUCAUGCCUCAAAACCUUCCAGAUGUUCUUCCACACUUGCAACCGAUUCGACUCCGACACCUUACUCAGUCAUGACAUCGAGAGAGCGCUGUAUAGGCCAGUCGAGAUUCGCAAAUCACCUGAGCCCGUGAAGCCUCAGAAGAAGAAGGAGUUCUUGACAACCUUCGCUACCCUCAAUCAAGCCUUCAAGCACCAUGGGAAUGGAGCCUUUGCCCGAGAAGGUUUCUUGAGGCCUGUUCGGGAAGACGGGAACUGGAGGAAAGUGUGUUCCCCUCCCAAGUUCAGUUUGAGUGUCAGUAUCUGAUCACCAUUACAUAUUGUGUUGACUUGUACUGGUGAGUUACUUGCUAUAUAUAUAAUGUGUACAAUUAAGUAGGCAAAGUAGGGUUGAGCCCUUGGAGCCAUGGCUGUGUAGUCUAAAUCCCUAUAGCAUUCUUAUGUCGAAUGCAUGGGCUUGUGUCCUAAUAUAUAUACCAAUAAGGGCUAUAAAGUAUUCGCGCCCUAUAUAAUAUUAAAAGGUGUUCAUGUGAUGAAUAUUGUAUACAUAUAAUGUUUCUUUUUUUAUUAUGCAAGGGGAGUUGGUUCAAUGGAUUUUAAAUUUUCAAUUAUAUCUAUC